AUGUUGUUCCUAGACUGUUAUAACCUUUUGAAGAGAGCCAUAAGGUGUGAUUCUUCUUCUGAAUUGGUUUUUGGGUAUGAAGUUGUCUUUGAGAAGAAAAAGUUUUGCACUAUCAACGUAAAAUCCAGAAGAAUCCGCACGGUGAGUGGUCUAAGAAGCAAGGAUAUAUGUAACAACUUUGCAGGCAAGGUUGAUAGUGAAGAUAAAAUGGAAAUUGGCAGAAUAGCGUUUGCAACGCGCAAACUGCCUGAAUGGUAUGGCAGCAGGUGUUGUGGCUUCUUCUACCAUCCUCUAGCAAAAGAAUACCGGCUUCUCCAUGUGACGCAGAUAGGAAAGUCUAGUUACGAGUACCACAUUUACGAAUUUGGGGCUCACAAGUGGAGGACAAUUCUGACUCCCAAAUUUUCUCAUUACUCCCCUCAAAGCUCCGCGCAAUUGUUGGUGACGAAAAAAGCUAUGUUUUGGUGGAAAUUCGGUUGCUUUCUGGUUUUCGACAUAAAUACUGAGAAGGUAUGCAUGAAAGGUUCUCCCCCCUUGGGCCAUCAUGCUGAUUCAAAAAAUGUGGUGGUCAAAGGAGGUGAGGACUUGUGUUGCUGCUACGUGCGCUACAGAAUAGUGUUUGCAACGCGCAAACUGCCUGAAUGGUAUGGCAGCAGGUGUUGUGGCUUCUUCUACCAUCCUCUGGCAAAAGAAUACCGGCUUCUCCAUGUGACGCAGAUAGGAAAGUCUAGUUACGAGUACCACAUUUACGAAUUUGGGGCCCACAAGUGGAGGACAAUUCUAACUCCUGAAUUUUCUCAUUAUCCCCCUCCAAGCUCCGACCAAUUGGUUGUGAAGGAAAAAGCUUUGGUGGUAUUCAGCUACCUUUAUGGUUUUCGACAUAAAUACUGA